AUGGCUAUAAAAGGAAACGAAUUCGACAGAAAGAUCAGUUUACUUCUUCUGAAGACCAACGUCCCAACUGCUCCCGAACAACUCUCGCACCAAAUGUCCGAACUACCAAAUGCUGGAAAGAAGACUGCUGGACCCACUGGAAAGGCCAAUACUCCUCGAGUCAUGGAAGUAACCCCUGGUGACAAGGAUAGAGAUCAUUCAGUUAUCAACUACCCAAGAACCACACAACGGUUCCAGGGUGAAUCCAACUGUUUGGAAUCCCUAGAUAUCUCCAAUCAGAUCGUCUCCAACCAGCUACUCUGGUCUAAGCCACAGCAACCGUGGAUAGACGCGUGGAACUGA